GGGCUUAUUCAAGAUAAACCAUGCUCAACACAACGGGUAAAGAUGGCGGAAAGCAAUGAUUUGUCAGCGUCCCAAACGGAACAACUUUUACAGUUUCAGGAUCUCACGGGAAUAGACGAUUGGGACAGAUGCAAGGAAAUAUUAACGAGACAUAACUGGAACUUGGAGGUCGCUGCAUUAGAUACAUUAAACAUCCGAGAAGUCUCUCCAUCAGCCUUCAGGUCGGUUUCAAACAGGCCGGCACCUGUUGUCGUAGACCAUGCGGACCAAAGGUUAUUCUAUUCUGUUCAAAGCUGGAGGCCUACUGGAAUUUUCGGAUGGGGCAGAUUCAUCAUUACUGCUCCUUUUUCAUUACUGUACAACUCUUUUGUCAACAUCAUCAAAUUCGCAUGGAGCCUCAUACGCCCCGACCCAAGACGAGUCGUCACAGAUCCUUUGGCAGACGUGAUGAACUUUAUAGGACACUAUGAGAGCAGGUACAGCCGCAGCCAUCCUGUCUUUUAUCAAGGUACAUACAGCCAGGUGCUUAAUGAUGCCAAGCGCGAACUGAGAUUCCUUAUGAUCUACCUGCACGGUGAUGACCAUCAGGAUACAGACAAAUUUUGCAGGAAUGUACUUUCUAAUCCUGAGUUGAUAGACUUUGUCAACACCAACAUGUUCUUUUGGGCAUGCUCAGUCAACUACCCAGAAGGCUACAGAGUGUCUCAAGCGCUACGGGAAAACACUUAUCCAUUUCUGGCAGUGAUAGUGCUGCGAGAGAACCGCAUGACAGUUGUAGGCCGUUUGGAGGGUUAUAUGGAAGCUGGCACAGUCAUACACAGACUGCAGCAGAUCAUGGCGGACAAUGAAGCGGCCAUCAUCACAGCACGCCUGGAUAGGGAUGAAAGGUCUUUAGCGCAAACACUUCGACAACAACAAGAUGAGGCAUAUCAAGAAUCUCUACGAGCUGAUCAAGAGAAAGAGAGACGGCGUCUCGAGGAAAUGCACAGGAGAGAAGAAGAGGCCAGGAGACAAGAGGAAACCCAACUGGCAGAGCAGAGACGGAAAGAGGAAUUACAACGGAUGAAGUUGGAGCUGAUAGACCAGAUACCGGAGGAGCCACCGGAUUCUGAUCCCCUUUCGAUCCAUCUCGUGAUUAAGCUGCCUACAGGGAUGAGGCUAGAGCGGAGGUUUCAUCGUACACAGUCACUCAAGUAUUUAUAUUUUUAUGUGUUCUGCCACACGGAUGCCCCAGAUAGUUUUGAGAUCAUCACCAACUUCCCACGACGAACGCUUCCCUGCGAACCAACGCAGGACUGCCCGGAGCCGCCCACCUUUGCAGAGCUGGGGCUAGGAAAGACAGAAACACUCUUUGUGCAUGACUUGGAUGCAUGAGUAUCAUUGGUGCAGACAGCUAUUCUGGGAUCAUCGAAAUGCAACACAGGCUUCCGUCAUCACCUUUGCUUCCUUUGUCAUUUGCUUUGCCAUGUGAAUAUGGUCUUGGGUCCGCUCUACAUAAUUGACAUUUGCUCCUGACAAGGUUGUAGAAAAUGGAAAGGUUUCUUUUUUUUUUUUUUCAAUCAUUUUUGUGGCAUACCAUUUGUAUGACAGCAUAUCUCUGCAUUUUUGACAAGAGAUCUAGACUUUUUGUGUCAUUUUUUUUUCAGUUCCAAUAUUUUUGUGGCUAAUGUGAAUCUUUUGUACAAGCGGCAGUGCUCACUUCAGAGACAAAGCUUCUGUGUAACAACUGCAGAACUCUUCUUCUGCAAUGUUUUAGAAAAAUUUCAGAUUCAGGGUGGGAAUGUAAUGUACAAAAGUCAUUGCUGAAGAGGGUACGUAGUGUGCCUGCUGGAGAAAAUACAACUGUGUGCAUGCAUUUGGUUAUUACACUCGCACACCAAAACCGCAUUACGUAUAUGCCUUGAGAACCUUGCUGAAAGUCAAACGAAUAUGCAUUGGAGCAAAACUGGUUAUUUAACCAUUGGUUCCUCAUAAUGUAUGUGAUACAUGAGUGAAAUAAUGAGAGCAAUCAUUUCCUUUUGCAGAAAAGUGUAUCCUAAAAAUGUACUACUGGUAAGACAGCCUAAUGUAAUUUUGAGUGUUCUUUUUUUUUUUUUUUUAAUAUAACGCAAUUUUGAACCUUGUCAAGCUCUGAAACUGGUGGGACCUACCGGUGAUCACUAUAAACUUGUGCAGUACAAACUCCCUUGCACGGAGUAUGUUUGCACCUUGUACAAAUGUUUGAGCAUCGUUCUUGGCCUUUGAAGAAAUACAAGAGUUUUACAGUA